GCGGGUUUGCAUCAGAUCGAGGAAAUCGAAGCAGAAGGAACUGAAAGGGGCUCUUUUAGGGAUAAUUUCCGUAAUGGACAACAGCGGUUUGGAAAUCGAGCCUUUAUUGCGAUUGCAACACAAUGUAGCAGAUGCGUGGACAUAAUGUCAUCACGUUCUACCAGUCAACUAUAUCCAAACGGUUUCUGAGGAUGACGGGGAAGAUGGCGUUGCUCAUGUCGACUGUUCUCUUUUCUUGGUAUUCCUCUCCCCCCGUGUCCCACUCCGUGCUUGACCGGGCUAAUAAGUGCACAGGGAGUCCUAACCAGCCCAUUUGGAGCCCUAAGCGUCGAGAAAGCCGGUCGACGCAAACUCCUCAUCCUCUCCUUUGCGGGUAUGGGCAUCUACAUGGCUGUAAUAUGUGGCUGUAUCUCGCAGACUAACAGCCACAUCGCCGUGCACGCAGCUAUGGCA